AUGGGAAAGUCUGAAAUAGGUACAGCCAAAUAUUACUCCAAACAGCUAAAAAGUCUGGGAUUAAAGAAAACCAAGUUCUAUUGUCAGAUUUGUGAGAAACAAUGUAAUGACUUGAAUGGAUUCAGAAACCAUCAAAGCUCACCCAGUCACACUAAGAGAGUGGCAAAGAUAGUAGAAAACAAUGAAAACAAUAGCAUAAUCAAUGAAUUCUCCGAAGAAAUGGAAAAGAAUUUCCUCAGUUUAUUGAAAAUGAAUCAUGGUACUAAAUGGAUUGAGGCUAACAAGUUUUAUCAGGAAUACAUUUUGAUCAAGGACCACAUCCAUUUGAACUCUACCCGAUGGCUUUCAUUGACAGGAUUCGUGAAGUACUUGAGUAAAAGUGGAAAGAUCAAAGUUGAAAUUCUUGAAGAUGAGAACUUCAAAAUGAUGAUAAAGUAUAAUGACGGAAAGACACAGGUAGAGAAAAAGGAACAAGUGGAUGAUGGUAUGGAUAAAUUCAUUCAAAGGCAAGUCCAACUAGGGAAACAAGAAGAGAAACUCAAGGAGUUAGAGCCAGAAACUCAAGAACUUUCUAGAGAGGAAGAUCCACAACCACCAAAGCUGGGAACAAAUGAUAAACCAACAAUGAAGCCAAUACGAUUGACCAUCAAGAAAAAAGUAAUUAAACCUGUGGUUUACGAUUCAGAUUAA